CAAUCCAGCUCAACGAAAAUGUCGUUGCCAGCAGCCGAGCCCAACCCCGCCGUCGACGACCUCUCGCCGGCGGAAGCGCGUCUCGCGAUGAUGGAGCUGGCCAACAUGAUCUCAGUCCCGAUGGCCCUGACCGCCGUCAUCCGCCUCGGCGUGCCGGCCACCAUCUGGGCGGGCGGCGCCAACGCGCCCCUCCCGGCCGCCGCCCUCUUGCCCGCGGGCCACCCGGACCCCUCCGUCCUCGAGCGCCUGCUCCGCCUGCUCGCCUCUCGCGGCGUCUUCUCCGAGCACACCAACCCCAGCUCCCACGCCGCCACCACCGCCGGCGAGCGGCGGUACGCGCUCACCGCCGUGGGCCGCACCCUGGUCCCGACGGGCCCCUCGGGCGCGUCCUACGCCGACUACGUCCUCCAGCACCACCAGGACGCGCUGGUGCUGGCGUGGCCGCGGCUCCACCACGCCGUGCUCGACCCAGCCGGCCCGGAGCCCUUCGCCCGCGCCCACGGCGGCGUCCCAGCCUACGCCUACUACUGCCAGGAUAGGGAGGCGAACGAGGUGAUGCUGCGCGCCAUGACGGGAGUCUCGGAGCCGUUCAUGGAGGCCUUCCUGGAUGGCUAUGGCGGCGGGUUCGAGGGCGUGGAGACGCUCGUGGAUGUCGGCGGAAGCUCUGGAGCUUGCCUGGAGAUGAUCAUGAGGAGGGUGCCCACCAUCCGGGAGGGCAUCAACUUCGACCUGCCCGACGUCGUCGCCGCCGCGCCUCCCAUCGCCGGAGUAAGGCAUGUUGGUGGUGACAUGUUCAAUUCUAUCCCCUCCGGCGACGCCAUCUUCAUCAAGUGGGUACUUGGGGGAUACACCAAUGAUGAGUGCACGGCGAUCCUCAAAAACUGCCACAAUGUUCUGCCGGAGGGCGGGAAGCUUAUCGCCUGUGAGCCCCUUGUGCCAGAGACAACGGAUACCAGUACAAGGACAAGGGCGCUUCUGGAGGUCGACAUCUUCGUCAUGACCACCUACCGGACCCAGGGGAGGGAGCGGUCCGAGGAGGAGUUCCGGCAGCUCGGCCUCAUCGUCGGGUUCACCGGAUUCAGGGCACUCUACCUGGACCCUUUCUAUGCCGUCCUAGAGUAUGUGAAGUGAUCUAGGCUUAGAUACUUCUGUGCUCAAGUGUUUCUGUUUCUACUGUAACAGCCGACUGAAGCCAUAGUAGAUUAUGUGAAGUGAUCUGGGCUUAGAUCACUUCUGUGCUGAAGUGUUUCUGUUUCUCCUGUAACAGCCGGCUGAAGCCAUAUGUAUGAUUGUAUGGAGUCAGACAGGUCAGGUCAGGACACAGAAAGAACAUAUAACUCAUGCUCUGGAAAGAGAACCGUGGGAACACUCAGCGAUUCAUUGCCACAGAUAUACAUUCUUACAUCAAUUAUUUA